AUGGUUGUCUCUGAAUUUAAAAGAUGGAAGACACUGCAUUUGUUUUCCUCUUUAUUCUCUUGUACCCAAGAUCAAAACAAGCUCAAACAUGGAUCUCAGGAGGUGGAAAAAAAUCUUCAGAGAGACAAUAAGGUGUCCAGGGCUGAGAACAAGGCUCUCAGAAAAGAAAACAAGUCCCUCUGGGGAGAAAAUAAAGCCAUUCGAGGAGAAAACAAAGCUUUCCGAAUGGACAAUCAGUUAAUCCGGGGGGAGAACCAGUCCCUGAGACAGCAAAACCAGCUGCUGUGUAAGUUUAAAAGUGUGAUUUUAGAAAACCAAAAACCACCUGGGGAAAAAAGUAAUGCCUUGAACACAGAAAGUAAGUCUUAUUGGCAACAGAAUCGAGCCCUGGAAGUUCAGAUCAAGGCUCUCAGGGAACAGGAGAAAGCCUUCCAGAAUGAGGUGAAAGCCCUUCAAGAAGAAAUAAGUUCUCUACAUGAGGAGAUCAAUGCCCUACAACAUCAGGAGUGUGCGAUCAGGAUGGAGCAAGAGGCCCUGAUGGAAGAAGGACUUGCUCUGGAGAUGGAAGAACAAGCUCUGUGGAAGGAGGAACAGGCCCUUCAUGAAGAGAACAAGGCUCUGAGAGAGGACAACAGUGUUUUUCAAGAGGAGGAAAAGGCCCUUCUGGAAGAGGCGAAGGUCCUGGAGGAGUGGAACAAGAUUCUUCAGGGGAAAGACAGCAAACAUGCUGGCUGGAAAAAUGCACAAUAA